UGGUUUGUGUUUGCCUUACCUGGGAAUGUGGCUGUGGCCUUUGUUUCAAUGAACAGAUUCUUAAACAUUUAGAAAAACAAACCCUACUUGGGCUCACUUAAUUCCUUCACUUACUACUACUUGUUUUUUGUUUUGGUUAUUGCCCAUCAUCUCUUCUUCUCUCUUCUUGGGAUUUUCAACCUCUCCCUUUUCUUUUCUUUUUUUCUUUAUUUGUUUUUUGGGUGGGGUUUAUUUAUUUACAUAUACAUAUAUAUAUAUAUUUCUUACUUAUAUAAAUUUUAAUCAUUGUGUAUAUGGAGUCUACUGCUAAUCUCAAUCACCACCAGCAUCAGCUUCAAGAUCACCAGCUGCUUCUUGCUUCUUCUUCUUCUUCCUCCUCUUUGUCCGUUGUUCCUUCUUAUUUUGGCCUUGGAACUGCCUGGUCUUCUAAUAUAUCUCUGAAUAGUAAUAAUACUUGCAACGUCUACAGUAACCCAACAAUAUUCAAUGGAGAAGUAACAACAACUAAUUCUUCACAUCCAAUUAGAUCAACAGAUUGUGAGCAGAAAAACACAAACAGUACUUCUUCAAUAAUGCUUCAAGAUUUGGGUAAUUAUGAUCAAUGGAAUAAUAAUAAUGGUGAUAAUGUUGUAAAUACAGGUAAUAAUAAUUUUUUCACUCAAUCUCUCCAUCAUAACCAACAACAAAUCUCCUCAUCCACACCUCCAACAACUCCUCCUCCUCCUCCUCCUCCUCAUCAACCUUUCCCCAAAUUCACAGAAAUCUUGAACAACAACAACAACAUUACAAAUAUUCAAGAUUUCAUCAAUAUUAAUAGCAACAAUGAUUCAGAUCUCAAUGACCUCACUCACAAGCUCUUGAUCAAAACCCUCAUUUCAUCCGGCUGUCAAAUCAACGGUGCUGAUCACCCCAUCAUUUCAAGAUCAAGUAAUAAUAAUAGACCAGCUCCCCAUUUCCCUCAAAUUUACCCUAGUAUUAAUGUCUCUAAUUGGAAUAUCUCAUCUCCGUCGCCACCGCCACCUUCGUUCUCAAAUUCCUUAGAUUUGAACUUACAAACGCCCACCGAUAUGUUGGUUGGAAAUUUCAGCCAGAAUAAUUUCGGUAUUUUUAAAGAAGCACUCUCCGAUUUUGGCGAUCAGAUUCGAGAAUCUCCGCCGACGGGCAGCCUCCCAUGCAUUAUUCCAAGUAAAAUGACAACAUUUAGCAGUACUGAAGUAUGUAAACCAAAACGAGGUUGUAAUUCCAUGGAGUCAAGGUUGAAUCAACAAUCUCCUCUUAAGAAAUCGCGAUUGGAUUCACGCGCUUCUUGCCCACCAUUUAAGGUUAGAAAGGAGAAAUUGGGUGAUAGAAUUGCAGCACUUCAACAAUUGGUUGCACCCUUUGGGAAGACAGACACAGCAUCUGUGUUAAUGGAAGCCAUUGGUUACAUCAAAUUUCUUCAAAAUCAGGUUGAGACAUUGAGCGUUCCAUACAUGAAACCCGCCGGCAGCAACAAAGCCCCUCAGCCCACACAUCGGAGUUCGGUGGAGGACGGAAAUGAAGGUGGGCAAAAUCGAGAUCUCAGAAGUAGAGGGCUGUGUUUGGUUCCAUUGGGGUGCUUGUCUUACGUGACCGGCGACGGGGGCGGUGGCGUCGGAAUUUGGCCGCCACCAGGGUUUAAUGGAGGAACUUCUUAAUUAAUAUAAUCAAAAUAUAUAUUUUAUUGAGAUAAGUUAAAGAAAUUAGUUUCUCUAAUUAAGGACUAGUAGGGUUCUAUGAAUUAAUGGAGCAAAUUUGGUCAGUCUGUUUAAACCAAUGGAUAGAUGCAGAAAUGGACCAAGUUUGAUCCAUUAACAUUAAUCAGUUUCUUGUAUUUGUUAAUUAUCUCAGUUGGAUCCAACAGUUAACAUUCUUAUUUUCUGAUCUAUCAAUUACCCUUUAUCAA